GUAAUGUUACUUUUAGUUUGAUGUCGGAGCCUCGACGAGCCGGUUGUAAGCGUGACUUUCGUUUAAUUCUACUUUAUUAUUGUUGUUGUUCGACGUCGACGUCGUCGUCGUCGCGCUCGACGUUGCCUCGUGUGUGAUUGUGUGUGUGUGUAUGUGUGUAUUUGAGUCUACUGGUGUUGUGUGUUUUGUCUCUGUGUGUGUUUAGUUUAAGCGAAAUUGAAAGUUGUACAUUUGCUACCCCCAAAAGCAAAGCGCUGCAUACAAUCGCGCGCUCAUACAAACGUGUGUGUACGCGAGUGUCAGUUUGUGUGUGUUCCUCGCUACGCCACGCCACGCCACGCCACACCAACCAAAAACCAACCCCCACCAACAAGAGUAGCAACAACAAAAAUAACAACAUCAGCAGCUACAACAACAAAUCCUGCCAAGUAGCACCACCCACAGCUAAAAAGCGCCGCAUAGUCAUCGACAUCGUCAUCGCACAUCGCCUGUUUCUGCUUCUCUAAUUCGAUCGUAUUUCAGUUGCUCAGGCUCGACGCAACGUUUAUGUUACAGUUACAGUUGUUGUUAGUGUUGGCUAGUGCAAUUUGAAAACAGCCAACAAAAAAGCGAAAGUGUUACACAAGCCCCAAAAUCAAAUAACGGCUAGGGAGUAAUCUCCACAAAAAAAGAAAGAAAAAAAAAAACAAAAGGCAGCAAUUACACACAGGCAGCUCGGCUCCUGCCUGUGUGUGCGCGCGUAAGUCGGCGGCCUGUGCGUGUAUGUGUGAAGCCCUGUUAACAACAUAAAACUGUCAUGAUGAAUUUCUCCGCGUUCGGCGGCCCCUUCUCUGGUAUUCAUCAGUUUGCUGCUAAAUUUGAUGCACAAACACCGGGCGCAUUUGGUACGCCGCCGGUGAACGCUGCAGCUGCUGCAGCGGGCAGCGAUAAUCAUGUUCAGCGCUAUCAGACCAAUGGCAAUCAUUUCAAUCAGAAUGUGCCCAACGUUUCGGCGGCCAAUAAUAUGCAAUAUGGUCAAAAUAUAUCCAUACCAUACUCGCAACCUCAGAGUGAUCUGAACUUUUUGAAUGCAGCCGCAGCAGCGGAUCAUAAGGGUAAAAUCCAUCCAAAAAUUGAACGAGACCGGGAAGAAGUGCUCAAUCAGCAAAUCUUACAGAAUGUGAACCAAUCGUGGCAAACGCUGGCCAAUACGGCCAACACGGUCGACUACUCAUCCCAUUUGCUAUCCGCAACACUGCCAAUCUCCAUACAGCACUUCCUCAAGUAUUCGGAAACAAUAAAGAAGGAGUCUACCGGCGAUGUCCUGAAGAAUGGCACCAAUUUGGCCAGCUUGGCGCUGGGAGGCGUGGCAUUGACGCCCAGCAAUAAUGGCGCCAAUGGGGGCCAUCAUAACGGGCUGGUGGGCAUGGACCAUGGCGGCCACAUGACCAACAUGACAGAUGCGACUGGCGCGGGAUUGGCCAACGGCGGAGCCACCAACGGCGUCAAUGGCAAUGCUAAUGGUGCGGUCAGCAAUGGAGCCGCCGUUUCCAGCAGCGGAGCGGCAGUGGGCACCACGAAUGCCGCUGGCGGCACCACCACCACCGGCAAGAAGACCAAAAAGAAGAAACCCCCAAAGGAGAAGAAACCCCGGCCGAAGCCCGGCGAAAUACGUGAAACGAAAGCGUUGGACGGCUCCACGCUCUACUGCUGCCCCGAAUGCCAAAUGGCCUAUCCGGACCGCAGCCUGAUCGAACAGCACGUCAUCUCGCAUGCCGUGGAGCGGCGCUUUGUCUGCGAUAUCUGCAAUGCGGCGCUCAAGCGCAAGGAUCACUUGACCAGGCACAAGCUCUCCCACAUACCGGACAGGCCGCAUGUGUGCAAUAUCUGCAUGAAGUCCUUUAAGCGCAAGGAGCAGCUCACCUUGCACAUUGUCAUACACUCGGGUGAGAAGAAGCAUGUCUGCAUCGAGUGUGGAAAAGGUUUCUACCGCAAGGAUCACUUGCGCAAGCAUACGCGUUCGCAUAUUGCGCGCCGCGUCAAAUCUGAGGUCUCAGCACAGAAUGUGAGCGGCAGUGGCGGCGGCGGCGGUGCCGGCGCCAACAAUGCCCAAAAUAAUACGCUACACGGUUCCUGAGGUUCGUACAAGGACUUUUGGUAAAUUCUUAAAUACAUUUCAUGUCACAAAGGGCGGCUAAAUUGUUGCCAACAGACAUGUAAGCUGUUGGCAACAAUUUAGCUGCUUUUGAAAUGUUUUAAGAGUUUACCGGAAGUCCUGCUGAGCGUCACCCAAAUCCAAUAACCCUCUCAACAACAACAACAACAACA